CUUUAUUUUGAACACCUGUUAAAGAUGAACCAUAAUAGUAACCAAGUUCGAGGACUUGGGUCUAGACAAAUGAAGCAGAAGCUGACUGAAAUGGGAAUUGACUACAAAGCAAAAGGAGCAACAACGCAAGACCAACUCAGAUCACUGCUUGUCCGUGCAAUUUCAGAAGAACAAAAUCAGAGAUCAAGAAAGAAGACAGUACCAGACCCAUCCAAAAGAAAGAGAAGACCAAAAGAAAUUUCAAAUGAACCAGAAAGAGGAAUUAAGCAGCCACAAGUGAAGAAAAGACAAACAGAGAGAAUGGCUUCAAUCAAUAGGCCCACUGGUGUUAAGAUACCUCAGAUAAACAAGCCGAAGAAAUAAGGCUCCUCCAGGAAUUCUCGGCAGGAUGCCGCCUCAGAGAUCCCUAGGAUCCAGUGCAGAUAGAGGAUCCCAAAACUCAUCUGCCUCAAGUUCUUCAGUUGUCAGUGGCCAGAUCCCCGAACGACAGAUUACUAAUAUCUCAAAAGAGGAUACAUCUGAAGAUCCUCGACAAGAGAAUCCUCUGCUUAAUAAUUAUCCAAACAAGGCCCAUACAAGAAAGAAGUGGGACCUACCAAGUGGAGUCAACCAAAAUCUGCAGGAUAGACAAUCCCAACCUUCCUCUAGAGAAAGAGGCUUUGAGGCCCAGGAAGCUCAUAAUCAAAAUUUACAAGAUAAUAGCUUAAUUAAGAGACAGAAAGAGAUGGAAGAAAGAAGACGAAAAAGAUCCCAAGCUAACAGACAGAAAUCAUUAGAGCAAGAGAAUCAGAAAUCGAAGCAAACAGCUCAAGACUUGUUCAGGAGAACUCUCGCUAGUCAUAUAAACCAGACCAAUAAUAAUCAGAAUAAUGUGUUUCAAAGGAAACCACAACAGUCUGUGGAACCAACACCGACAAUACAAGAGGAAAGUUCUUUUAUUUCGAACCCUCGAGAGAGUUCUGAGCUUCCCUUAGUUCCUGAUAGCUAUCAAGAGAGUGAAGAUCAAACUCCCUAUCAAGAAAACAGCUCACAGAAUAUACAAAGCCCAGAUGAGAGAAGUUAUUCAAGCAAUAAAACAAGUGAAGUGCAAUCAAAUUACAAAAUUCCUGCCCAUCAAAUAAGCCCUGAAAGACCAUCUGAAAUAAUCAAUGAGCCAAACAUUAGGAAUCGAUUCCCAGUGAGAAUCAGCAGGAUUCAGACAAAUAAUGAGCGAAAUGACCCCAUUCCUUUCAGAAGAGAUCAAAAACAAGAGCCAAGACGCGAUGCUAGUAGAUUUAUUCCUUCCAGAACUAAUAUUUCUCCUAAAGUAAACGACAUAAUUCAACCUCAAAGGCCAAUAAAAGAAGAUUCUCCAAAAUAUAGAGAAAUUUUUAAAUCUACCGAAGAAAGAAGAAUUCCAAGAGCUCAGCCCAGCAGACAUUCCCAAGAUCCAGCUGACUCAUCUGUUUGUUCAAAAAUUGUUGAAACUAUCACUCAGGCAUUGAUUUUAAUCAUAGUGAUAUUUGUGCUAGCAGGGUGUGUAAAACUAGCGGAAUUAGGAUACUACAAGUUCCUUGCAAUAGAUACUACCACAUUUUGUCCUUCAGGCCAAACUAAAGAUAGCAGAUCGAACUGCCAUCCCUGCCCAGAGAAUGGUUCUUGAGAUAUUAAUGGCAAACUCACCUGAAAGCUUGGGUUCAUUCGUAGCGGAAAAACCUGUAUCACAGAUGAUAAAUUUAACAAUCUGAUCCUUCAAUUCUCAUCAAAAUAUCAUGAAGAAUACCUCUACUAUCUUGGAGACCUUGAAUGAGGAAAUACUAACACUACAUUAACUUCACAGGAAUUUAUCAGCACUAAAAUGAACUCUCAGAUGGUAGAAAUCAAGGAUAGCUUCGAUCAAAAAAAUACAAACGAAAUUAGCAAAAUAACUCAGGAAAUAUCGAAAAUUUUCAGUGAAUCGCUUGAAAUCACCAAAGAUCCUCGGUACAGCCUACAAUGAGGUCUAAAGAAACUGAUCAGAGACAACCUGGUACUAAUAGUGAUCGGGGGAAUAUCUUUCACGUUCAUCGUCUAUCUCCUAUUCGGCUGUAUCAUGACCGUCAUGAAUAAGCUAGAGGCAAGGAAAAUCUACAAGGAAAUAGAGAAAGAUCUGAGAUCAAAGUCCUCUAUUCUAUCAGACUCAUUUGAUACAGGCAUCUCAAUCCCAGAAAUUGUAAGCAAAUUUAGAAGAAACAGAUCUGAAAGUAGUUUCCAGACAAGUAUUUUACCAUACCUCGAGAGGCACAGGAAGGCGAACAAGAAAGUAGUCGUGUUUAACAAAACUGAAAAUGCUAAACAAGUAAAUGUAUGGCAGUACAAGAAAUAA